GUGGGGUGGCGGGCACGGCGCGGACUGUCCUCAUCCUUCUGGGUGCCACCUCACCGUGGGACGGCCGUGUGCACCCCUGGUCGGCUGCGCUUCCCCCAGUGCGUGGGACUAACCGCUUGCGUUUCUUGGUUGGGAAGCCCGCGCAACCGUACGGGUCAGCCCGGUGUUCCCACCACCGUCGGGCUGGCAGCGCUGUCCGGGCUCCGAGCGGUGCUGGCGGCCGAGCCCCGCUCUGGCUGCUGCGAGAGAGCGCUGCCCCCUGCUUCCCCCUUUGUCGGCCGGGUCACGCCUAGGGGAGCGGUGCCGCCGGCCCCGGCGCACGUACAGUGCCACAACCGGCGGCUCGGGAGGCACACGCCAGCUCGGGCUUUGUUCCCGCCAUCGCUGUCUUCAGACCGAUACCGGGCAACGAGGUUUCCGGCGUCCAGCCCCGGCUCCACCAUCCCUUCGCUGCUGCUCACCUUGCCUCUAGCCUCGAGGGGGGAACGCUCCUGAUCUUCGUGAUGGGAGCUGUAGUAGCCGAUGAUGGCCCAACUGGUGUUAAAGCCCCUGAUGGAGGCUGGGGCUGGGCUGUACUUUUUGGCUGUUUUAUCAUCACAGGAUUCUCCUAUGCCUUUCCCAAGGCAGUUAGCGUCUUCUUUAAAGAACUUAUCCGGGAAUUUGGCAUUGGCUACAGCGACACUGCAUGGAUUUCCUCCAUUCUGUUGGCCAUGCUUUAUGGAACAGGUCCACUCUGCAGCGUAUGUGUCAAUCGCUUUGGCUGUCGCCCUGUCAUGCUUGUGGGUGGCCUUUUCGCCUCCAUGGGAAUGGUGAUAGCCUCCUUCUGCACAAGCAUCGUUCAGAUCUAUCUAACUGCAGGUGUGAUUACAGGUUUGGGUCUGGCACUGAACUUUCAGCCUUCGCUCAUCAUGUUAAACCGCUACUUUGACAAACGCCGGCCCCUAGCCAACGGGCUGUCUGCCGCUGGGAGUCCUGUCUUUCUUUGUGCCCUCUCACCACUGGGGCAGAUACUGCAACAUGAGUAUGGCUGGAGAGGAGGAUUCCUUAUACUGGGUGGGAUGCUGCUCAACUGCUGUGUAUGUGGAGCAUUAAUGAGACCUUUGGAGCCACCCAAAAAGCCUGAAGCUACCAAAGAAUCAACAGAGAAGAAACCGAAGAAAAAACUCCUGGAUUUCAGUGUGUUUAAAGAUGGUGGUUUUGUAAUCUACACACUAGCAGCAUCUAUCAUGGUGCUUGGCCUCUUUGUUCCCCCAGUUUUUGUUGUGAGUUAUGCCAAGGAUUUAAAGUAUCAAGACACCAAAGCAGCUUUUCUUCUGACUAUUCUGGGAUUCAUUGAUAUAUUUGCUCGGCCUAUUUGUGGAAUGGUAGCUGGUCUCAAAUGGGUUAGACCACGCUGUGUCUACCUCUUCAGUUUUGCUAUGAUUUUCAACGGCUUUACAGAUCUCAUGGGUUCUAUGUCUGUUGAUUAUGCUGGCCUGGUGGUCUUCUGCAUUUUCUUUGGCAUUUCUUAUGGAAUGGUAGGUGCUCUUCAGUUUGAAGUUCUCAUGGCUAUUGUUGGAACUCAGAAGUUUUCCAGUGCUAUCGGUCUGGUGCUCCUGGCAGAAGCUAUGGCUGUUCUAAUUGGUCCACCGUCAGCAGGCAAGCUCUUGGAUGCUACAGGGAAGUACAUGUUUGUUUUCAUUAUUGCUGGAAUUGAAGUUACCACCUCUGCACUCGUAUUGGCCUUGGGAAAUUUCUUCUGCAUCAAGAAAAAAACAGAAGAACCACAGACAAAAGAAGAAGCAGCAGAACGAGAGGAAUUAAACAAAUCUGAAGACAAAGCUCCUGAAGAUGCCAAGGUGGACUCCAUCGAAGUGGAGCAGUUCCUGAAAGACGAGCCUGAAAAGAAUGGUGAAGUUGUAACUAAUCCAGAAACUUGUGUGUGAGAGUGAGAGGAACCCAACCAAGUGUUUAGAAAAGAAAGAUUUUCAACACUAUUUAUUUUAGAAAUAGAACUAGUUUAGGGCUGGGCCAUCUGAUUUCUUAACUGGAAGCCAGUCAGCUCAUCAGGUCUCUCUGGAAGCUGAUUAGCUCGACUACCUUUUAUGGGGAAAAUUAGCUUUUUCAGUAAAAGGUGGAACGUUGUGGUUAUACUUUUUAUGUAAACUCAAAAGCUUUUAUAAACACAAGUGUUGCUAUGCAUCACCAGAAACUGCUCACCUGAAGAGAGAUAGGAAGAAUAUAUUUUAAGAGAAGUGGAAUUCUAUGUAUGCUUUUAGGCAAUAUUGGUGAAAUCGCUGUGUCGUGUGGCUAAAUAUAAUUUCCCUUUCUGUGUUCUUUGUGAAGGGGAAAGAGUUUGAGAUGGAGAAAAAUCUCAGGAACUUAAAGGUCUCCAUUAGGAUUUUGAACUUCUUACUUUUUUUAGCUUUUAACUGGCUCAGCCCUAAUUUCAUUUUGAUAAUAUCUGUUACUCUAUGUAAAUGUAUUUCCGCGUUUUGUCUAAACCUGUAAUCUCUGUAAUUAUCAUCUAGAUACUGUAUGUGGGAUGGCAUGUUACAGAUACUGUCCUCAGCAGGUCACACAAGUGGGAUUCUGAAGUAGUACUAAAGAAAAAAAUGAGCAGAAUCAAUCCCAACAGACUGUAAGCAAAGUUCACCUGCUUACACGCUUCAGUGCAGUUCCCUGAACCACUGAAAACUACUGCAAGUACCACGGAGAAGAUGGAUUUUAGAUUUAGUAGACACCUCUGCGUGUCCAUUUGUAUAUAAAAGAAACAGUUUCAACUUUCCAGAUGAUUUUCAGCGUGGGUAGGCUUAGGGAAGGGCCUGGACUAUUUUGUAACAUUUUAGCCAGGUUUAAAAUGCAAUGUUAGCAAACAUAGGAAGGCCUCAACCAUGCUUCUUUUAUUUAUUUGAUUUUUUCCCCUCAUUUACCCCACUUCCCUGUCCUUUUGCUUAAUCUGUGGAUGUUCAAGGAGCCAUUCUUGCUGUCUGAGGAAACAUCAUGGAACUGCUGAUCAUCUUUACCACAGUAAUGCUUAAGGACAAUCGAGAAUAGGCUCAACUGCUACUCAAUGCACUAACAGAAUUGUGAGUCUCUUAGCUAGUGCUGGAAUCUUCUCUGACAUUGGUAUGGGGAAAGGAGAAGAAGCAGAAACACAUCAGGCAAGGCAGUGACAGCACAUUUGAAGAAAUGCAGGAAGGGAAAAGAUUCAUUGUGAGGACACUGAGUAGAAAAGGAAGGUAAAAGGAAAUCAUGCUCUUAUAGCCUUCUCGUUUUCACCCAAAUGCAUCCAAGAAAUGUGGUCUGUACCAAAUCAUGCAACCACCCACUUCAAAGUUACUGCAACCCACCCUUCAGCUAUGGUUAUAAAAAGCUCUCCAGGCUCUGUGACUGCAGUAAUACUCUUCAAAACAGACUAAUUGUAACAGAUUCAGUUUUCCCGUCAGUAGCAAACGAAUAUUGGCUUCUAGGUGCCAAAAUUGUUCCGCUUAAUAACUGAAAACUAAAAGACCCUGAUCCCUUCAAACCCUGUGCCCUUCUGAAAAAUAACAUCAUCAGUUAUUUAACACUCACCUAUUUUAACAAAAACAGCAAAGCCAACAAAGUGCCAAAACCAUGAAUCAUUCCCUAAUGGAACUAUCUCAGAUACCAGCUUCCAUCCUGGUACUUCAAAAUGGUUCUGCAUUGUUAGGACAACCUUGCACGGACAUAAAGAAGCUAGGAUCACAGUGGGGUUUUUUGAGUGAUCUAAAAAAAAUGGAUGCUACACACUGAAUAAACUGUUUAUUUUUA